AUGACUACAUUUGAAAUUGUAGUUUUGGCAACACUGGUAGCAGUGAUUAAUCCAAUGAUGUGGAAAACAUCAGUUGUCACCGCGUCAGAUCGUUUAUUUCCCGGUUUGGCAUAUCACGAUCGAAAAAAGGAAUUUUAUGAUAUAGGAAAUCAGAUACAAUCCAAUUUGCCCCUUCAAAUGGCACUGUAUUUUAAUGUAUGGAUGUAUCCCGUAUGGUUUUUUGUAAUACUUAUCAAUUUAGAUGCAAAAUACUAUUACUUGACAGAUGUAUACAAAUUUAUAACUGUAGCCGUAUUUAUUAUUAUAUCAGUAUUGGAAAGUAUACGGUUGUAUUUGGGAUAUCUUGGAAAUCUAGCAGAGAAGAUUCCAGAAUUGGCAAGCUUUUGGCUGAUAUCUACUCUCAUACAUUUUCCUUUAGAAAUGUUCCUUCUUUUCGAUAACAAAACCAGACCUCAUUUUAGCGAAACAAUUACUAACAGUAUCAUGGCGUUUCUACUCAUUACAGAAAUUAUAUCAGCUACUGUAGCUUUAAAGAAGUCGGCAGACCAUCAUGCUAAAAGAUUUUAUGUUGCACAAUUAUAUGGGAUUGAUGAUAGUAGACAUUAAUGUAAUAUACAUUACUUUAUUGCUUUCAAUUUAACAAUAUUGCAUUAUUAAUAUAAUGCUAAAAGACUUAAUGACUGCAUUCGGAAAUGUCGCUCGGAUGCCUCGCAGCCAAUGUAAUAUGAUGUAAAUGAUAUGUUACAUUUGAAUAGAAACUAAUUUUUGUACUUGGUUGGAAUCUAUAGAAAUGUAAUAUAGGUAUAAGAAUUUAUGAUUUUAUGCUAAUAAACAUGCAUAACAUUUCUUAGCUUCGUUGUUCUUCUUUCUUUAAUUUUAAAUGUAAUCUAUAUAUCUUU